AUGGAGAAGACGACGGCCGAAUUGGGAUGGUCAUUCGAUCCGAAGGCACGACGGGUGAGUGGAUCACGUGUGGGCUGCACCAUGAAUGGCCAAUGAGUGCCCGGAACAACGGACACGGCGCUCACCUUUUACUCUAAAAAACUCUUUUUCUGCCAAAAGCUAGUCUCGUCAUUCCACAUUCCCGCGACGACGUCCGUCUCUAAGCCAUUCUGAGCCCGUAAUCUCGGAUUUGUCUUCUGUUCGUUUAUUUCAACUCAUCAUUCGGCAAACAUUUUCCGAAAAACCCUUUUUUGUGCAGUUUUCUCAAAAUCCAGAUUAUGCUAACAACUGCAUGAGUUCAGCUACACACAGCCGGAUGUAACCAUAAUUACGAAGGGGAAAAAGAUGUGCGGUGUUCGUCCCUCUCUCUCUCUCUCCCUUUCCUUUUUUCUGUUUUGCUCGUUUUCUGGUCUGCUUUGUAUAGUGAAAGUGAGCCGGAAAUUGGAUUAGACGCCGCCAAACGCCACCUUCCACCCCGUUUCGCCACGUCACACGUGCCGCGUUCGCACAUUCUCUUGCAACCAUUCUGAUCGAUGAGCCCAUUCGUCUUGUCUCGUUUCGAAGACGCGCCGCUUAGAAACCCAUCUGUCAAAUGUCGAUAUAAAUUUGAUAAGUGACGGAAUUGGAAGCUCAGUGGCUCCAACAAACGGCUAGUUCGAUUGGCAGAACGAGUCCGCUCGCUUUGUUUCUUUCUUUCAUUCUGUGUGCACGCGAAAUCUUAAAUUGUAGCUCGCAAAAGUUGUUUUUUGACGUGAAUCGUGAGAACUCGCGUCAUUUCUUGAAUGAUACUCGCAGUAAUCGUAGCUAGUCACUUGGUCUUCAGCUGAUUAUACCUUCCCACCUCAACUGAUAUUUUCAGAGCAAAGGUCUCUGGAUGGAAGAAGCCAACCAUCAGCCGUCCGUAUCCCCGUCGUCUUCUGCUCGGAUCCUUCAGCCCCGCGCGAUCGCCGACCUGUUCACUAUCCGACCGCUGCGAACGUGGGAUCGGACGGCUGUCGAGGCUCUGUGCAACGAAUCGUUCCCCAUCCAAUACCCGGACUGCUGGUACGAUGAAGUGGUGUCCGGCGGACUCCAGUCGACUGGAUUGUUCGACGGAGAGAACUUGGCCGCAAUGAUAGUUUCGGAGACGAAACAUCUGUACGAUUGCAAUCUUGAGGUUAGAAUUUUCCAGGAAAAUAAGACGUCUAACGAUAUCUCUUCAGGAUCAAGGAAUUCUACCAGAUUCGAACGCGCAGGUUAUGUACAUCCUCUCGAUAGCAGUCAACAAGAAGUUCCGUCGAUUGGGUCUCGCCACGCGACUACUCAACAACUUGUUCUCCACGCUCGUCGAGCAGCCACCUUACCCUCGCGCCGUCUUCCUGCACGUACUCUCCACCAACUCACCGGCGCUCUCCUUCUACAAAAUGCACGGCUUCGAAUUCCACGAUUCACUGACGUAAUAAUAAUGUGCCUUUUGUUUACAAAACUCGCUGUUGCAGAGAAUACUACAAGAUCGGCGACGACUACGCCGACGGUUGUACAUAUGUGAAGUACACGAACGGAAGCCGUGCUCAAGCCACCUUCUCCGACGUCUGCAAAACGUUCGGCAACACAAUCUGCAUGCCGCUGAAAGCCAUUUGCAAAAUGCUUUCCUUCUGA